GCUCUUUAGGCGAAUUACAGACGGAUAUCUAUGAAAUCUUUGGUGACGAUGAGGAGAUUGAGAAGCAUUCAGAACCAACGUUGUGGUUUGUAAAAGCAUCACCCAGCAGGAAUUGCAUGCUUAACCUCAACGUUGGUGGAAAGUCCUACCGCAUCACCUACAAAAUGGCAGCAAGAUACCCACAGAGCAGAAUUGGCCGUCUGGCAACCUAUACGGACCUCAACAUGAAGUUGAACCUCUGUGACGACUACGUUGUGAAGGACAACGAGUAUUUCUUCGACCGAGAUCCAGACAUCUUCAACAGCAUCUUCAACUUCUACAGGACCGGCGUGCUGUGGAUCAAGGACGAGCUUUGUCCGAGGAACUGCUUGGAAGAGAUCAAUUACUGGGGCGUUCGGAUCAAAUACUCGCAACGGUGCUGUCGGAUCCUGCUCGAGGAGAAACACGACGAGUUGUGCGUACAGCUCAAGGUUCAGAAGGAACUGGAGGCGGAGGUGGAUGUCGAAGAAAAUGAGGAGGCAUUCAAUGACAUGUUCCUCGGCGAGACGAGACGCUCGCUUUGGAACUUCAUGGAGAAACCGUUCUCCUCAGUACCGGCGAAACUAAUGGCGGUCGCCUCAAGUAUGUUUGUGCUGGUGUCGCUGGCUACAAUGACUUUGACUACGGUAGAAGAAAUGGAGAACAUGGCAUCUAAUGAGUUUAGCGGAAAGACAUUUGGAGAGUUCGUAGAGACACUGUGCAUAACCUUCUUCACCGCUGAGUACCUGCUGCGUCUAGUUUCAACCCCAGAUAUUGGUUGCUUUGUUAAAAGCAUGCUGAACGCGGUUGACCUCAUGGCCAUCCUACCGCAGCUUCUCCAGUUCGUGCUCGAAAGCUUUGAGACCUUCAAUUCUGGGACACAAACCACUGACAUGGAGACUGUUGGUCAGAUGAGCAAGGUGGGACAAGUGUUACGAAUCAUGCGACUCAUGCGUAUUUUUCGUGUUCUGAAACUGGCGCGUCACUCGACGGGGCUCAGAGCGUUUGGCUUCACGUUGAGGCAGUGCUAUCAGCAGGUGGGAUGUCUCUUCCUCUUUAUCGCCAUGGGGAUCUUCACAUUCUCCGCCAUGGUUUAUACCGUUGAACACGACGUCCCUCAAACCAAGUUCACCAGUAUUCCACAUUCUUGGUGGUGGGCAUCUGUUAGCAUCUCUACUGUAGGCUAUGAUGACAUGUAUCCGGAGACCCUUUUGGGCCGCAUAUUUGCCUUUGGCUGCAUUUCCUUUGGGAUCAUUUUGAAUGGCCUUCCUAUCUCCAUGCUCUUUAAUAAGUUCUCUGAUUACUAUGCCAAACUGAAGUCUCAUGAAUAUGCUUCCAACAUGAAGAACAGAGGGAACGUUAACUUCAUCCUGAGAGCCAAGAAGAAACUCACAGAACUGAGUGCGGUCCUGAACGCCAAGGAAAUGGCUCCCCCGGUGCAAGUGUCGCCGCUGAUUAAGACAGCCAGAUGGUCUGCAUUGAUCGUUGGUAUUAUCUACGGAAAGCGCAGAUAUGGUAAGAACCAGCAAGUUGAUCUGAAACAUUGUGACUGGCGUUCAAAUGACAUUCUGGGUUUCAAGGUAAAUUAUUGCGUCAUCAGAUAA